AUGUCAUGCGUUCUGAAACCUCUUCAAAACCAUAUCCAUUCGAAACUGUAUAAUCAAAUUUUAGAAUGGCUUGGACCAUUACCCAAGGACACAGACAUUGACAAGAUAGAACUUAUUCACAACUCUGAUUUAUAUCGAAUAUUUCUUCAACAAAUAAAGCGUACAGAACGUAGACAAAAACAGCAGGAAUUUCAACCUGAUUUGAAUACAGAAACUAAUCCAAGUGAACGAAGAAAAGUUCUUUAUCGUCUACAUAUGUUGGCACAACAAGUUAAGCACAAUCGACAAGCUUCAAUCAUUCGUGUUUGGCAUGGAUGUAAACGUAUUAAUUUACCCAAAUUACUAUCAGAUGGGUUUGCAGCACUUAGCAAAUUGGAUAAGGGAUGGUAUGGCACAGCUAUGUAUUUCACAUCAUCGGCUGAGUAUGCUACAAAAUAUACCGAUCAUAACGGUUGUUUAAUCAUGUGCUAUGUUGUCUUACUCAAUCCAUUUCCUGUCAUUACAGAUGAUGCACCACCUAAUGUAUCUAGCAGUAAUUUUCGUUUCUAUGGCAGAGGCAAUCAUUCUAAUUAUCAAUGUCAUUAUGUUCCUGUGGCACCUGUUAAUAACGAUACACAUUGGAACUUUCGUCCACCGUCAAAUGGUGCUCAGAAUGCAAUGUACGAUGAACUUGCUGUUUUUCAACAGGCUGAUAUUUUACCUCAAGUAGUUGUUCAUCUGAAACCUGGAACUAUGUCCUCCAUUGCUGUUGCCUCUGAUAGGGAUCCAGAGAGUAUAUUUCUCUCUAAAGAAUGA